AUGGGACUAUGUUGUUCAGAUAUGAGAUCAGAGGAUCAUCAUCUCGAUGAUGUCUCUCAUUCAAAAUCAUUCUCUCCUCGUAAUGGAAACAGCAUCAAUAACAUGAUGUUAGAGAAUGAAGAACCCGAAGACCAACACCAUCAAAACCAAUUCAAUCAUCACCAUCACCGAAAUUCAUCCUCUUCCUUCACUCUACCCGAGUCCAUCAAUCUUCAUAGCAAGACACCUUUCUCCCUCUCUCGUGGUGCCAAUAGUUCAUCAUCAAACCACAAACACAAAAAGGCUUCUCUCAUCACAACAUCUCUUCGUACUCAUGUGCAUAGUUGUUCAGAAGGAGAAGCCGAAGAUGAAGAAGUCAUGAUGGAAGGAAACCACUCACCAUCAGCUUCAUCCCGUAAUAAGAAGAAAAAGAAAAAGAAGAGCCGAUCCAAGAAGAACAAUGACAGUGUAAGCAGUAGCAGUGGUUUGAUGCAACAACUCAAGAAAUCAAAUUCUGAAAAGGCUGCUGCUCAUCAUGUCUUGGAUAUUACAUCAUCAUUUGCACAGAAUUCUCCCCGAUCCAAUUACUAUUACUAUGAAGAUGUCAUGCCUACCACUCACGAUGAUGAAGAUGUAAAUGAAUCAUCGGCCGAUGAAGCAAGCCAUUCUCAUCAUCCAACCGCAAUUCCUCAUUUGAAUCAUUUGAAUCAUCCUCACCAUCAUCAUCUUUCAGUAAUUCCUCACUCUAACAGUACGACUGCUUCCUAUUCCUCCGUUGUUAAAUACUCGAGUAUAAUUAGGAACAAGAUUGAAUCAGCUUCAGGUUCUCUUUCAGGUGGCUAUCCUCAAUCGGCAUCCCAUCACUCGAAUCAUCCUCAUCAUCAGUAUCCAACGCCGUCUCCUUCUUUAUUGACACUAAGCUUACAACAACAACAAAUUCAACAACAUAUGGAAGCAAAGAGAAAACAAGGAAACUCUCGUAGGACUCUCUCUGAAUAUCAAACAGAGAAUGCAGAAAGUAAACCCAUCACGACCGCCUUAAGCUUUACUGAAAUGAAGGCAGGACCUGUCACAUCGAAACAAAAAUCUGCGUUGGAUUAUAAAAAGCAGCAACAAGUACCUUUGGUACAAUUACAAGAAGAUAGCGAAGAGGAAGAAGAUGGAGAAGAUAUUGAAAUUUCAGACGAUGAAUCCUCGUCGAUGGAUUCUGAAGAAAAAUUGGACAAAAUUCAACAACAACAAACUGGAACAAUUCGAAAACAUCCAAGAAAGGAUCCUCCUCCUCAAAAAUUAAGCGUUGAUGCUAGCUCAACAACCAAUUCAUGGUUUACAAUUCCAAAUAAUUUACCAAAAGUGAACCGUGUGAAAACAUCAACGAAAAGUUCAAGCAAAAAUCAAGUCGAUGCUAAUACUACUCUCCUCUUCAAGGUUAUACUUUUGGGUGACUCGUCCGUAGGAAAGAGUGCAUGUCUAUCAAGAAUUGAAGGAAAUGCUUUCUCAAAUUUAACACGAAAAACUGUUGGAUUGGAAUUUACGACCAGACUUAUCGAUAAUACUGGGUUGCAUCAAAAUGCUGCAGCAUCUCCAAAUUCACACAUUAGCAUGACAUCGAGUCCUCCCGGUGGAAUAGCUUAUCCUACAAAACACAAAAUUCAAUUACAAUUUUGGGAUAUGGGAUAUGAUAGUUAUUCAGAGGAAGCUCUAUUUAAUGCCUAUUUGAAGGAUGUUCAAGCCAUAAUAUGUGUUUAUUCAAUUAAUUCAGUUUCAAGUUUUGAGAGAUUGAAACAGUUGUGGAACACUCAAGUGUUACCUCAAUUAUUGAAGAAUUGUUAUUUGCCUCAUGUUAAAAUUGUGUUAUUGGGAAACAAGACGGAUUUGGAUGGUGAACGCAGUGUGGACUAUAGUCAAGGAUUGGAGUUUGCCCGAGCCAUGAACAGGAGUAUGUUGAACGCCAUUUACUCUGUCUCUCCAACCAAUAACAAUUCCCAACAAUCACUAGACAAAGUGGCAGCCAAUUCUUCAGAAUUUAUGACCGAGUUAAAGACAACCAAAAACGAACCUUUUGCAAAUACAUCAGUGAGUUUGGAAGACAACAGCCUCACAGCAAAUUCAAGCUCUUCAGUUGACGAUUGUGAUCGUGUCGACGCUGUAAAGUUCUUUGAGUGCAGUGCUAAAACUGGCCAAAACAUAGAAACAGCAACUCAAACCCUAGCUUACGACCUGGAUACAUACUUUUCAAGUUAUUUAUAA